UGUGCCGAACCCCAACAACAAAGUUCCCAUUCACUUAGCAUAUUCUCAGAGUGUUUUACAAUGCCUCGCUCACCAGUUAUCAUUGUUACAGGGGCUUCCAAGGGAAUUGGUCUGGCGGUCACUUCCAUUCUACUGAACAGAUUCAAUACCUCUGUUGUUACUCUGUCCCGCACAAUUACCUCGGAACUUCGUGACCUUGCCUCAGACCGUCUUCUUACCCUUGAAUGCGACGUUGCUAACGAAAGUGCGGUCGUGGAAUCAGUUAACAAGACCCUAGAAAAGUAUCAUCAUAUCGAUGGUCUUGUCCUCAACGCAGCAAUUCUCGAGCCAAUCUGCCGAAUUGGAGACGAUACCCCGAUCUCAGCUUGGAAAGAUCAUUUCGAUGUCAACUUCUUUUCUCUUGUUACCUCGGUCAAAGCGGCCCUUCCUUCCUUACGCACAAGUGAGCUAGGAGGAAAGAUAGUCUUUGUCAGCUCUGGAGCAGCAGUCAAAGGUUUUCCUGGAUGGGGCCCGUACAACGCCAGUAAAGCUGCGAUGAACAGCCUCUGCAGAACCUUGGCGGAAGAGGAACCUUCUGUGACAUCUGUGGCUUUGCGCCCGGGUAUAGUCAAUACCGCGAUGCAAACAGCUAUUCGUGAUCAGGGUGCUGCUAAAGCUAUGGGGGCAGGACAUCAGGCCUUCAUCGAGUUGCAUGCAAAAGGCUCUCUAUUAAAGCCGGAAGACCCAGGACAUGUUAUUGCGGGACUCUCCGUGCAGUGUCCCAAAGAAUUGAGCGGGCAAUUCGUGAAUUGGAAUGAUGAUGUUUGCAAACCUUUCAUGUCUGCGUCGAGCUAGUUCUUCCGUGCAUGUACAAAAUCUGUUUUGAAAUCUUUGUAAUAUUACGGUGGUUGAAUGACUGAUUUGAAUAAUGCUUCUACGUAGGAAAUAGCACAUGGUUGU